AUGCAACCUCACCGCCAUCAACAGUCGGGGCGAGCUCUCUGCCGAAUAUCACAUCGGUUCGUGUGGUAUCUGGGUAGGCAGAUAUGCGGUGCACUGCCCUCGAGCAAACAGUCCCAAUCCAGCAACGUCCUACGGUCCUGGAAACGGCCUCCUUUCCGUCCAACCAUCCCCUCCAACUCGGUGUCCUGGGGUAAGCCUGGAGGGAGGGGGAGACUUUUCCUCUCGGGACACGCAUAUCUAGGUAGAGCGCGUUCAGUGUACAUUAUGGGGGCCAGGAGAGAACCGGCAUUUUGGCCACUCAGGAAGGGGAAGAAAAAGGAGGCCAGAAGCAGGUACAAAACGCUGGGUUGGGAGGUAGGGUGUGGGCUCGGCCGCGGCAGCAUCUACCAACCAAAGAGAGCAGCAGAGCGCCCGCAUAUGCAGGCUGAUGGCGGCAAAGGGAAACCAGGGCAGAUCUGGCCCAAACAAGCGCUUCCUCCACCCGUGAAGCUUGCCCGAUGUGGGAACAAUAGUCGAAGAGGUGGACGAAUAUAG